AUGGCUGAAACAAUUUUAUUUGGCUUGGCUCAGACCUUCCUUGAAAAGUUGGGCUCUCGGGCUUUUCAAGAGAUUGGAUUGGCGUGGGCUGUCGAAGAUGAAAUCCAAAAACUCAAUACCACAGUUUCCACAAUCAAGGAUGUGCUUUUGGAUGCGGAGGAGCAGAGCAGCCAUAACUGCAACCAGAUCACAACUUGGCUUCAAAUGCUUCAAGAUGCAAUUUAUGAUGCAGAUGAUUUGAUCGAUCAUUUCUUUGCCACAGUUUUGCAGCAACAAGGGAGGACCCAAAACAAACUAGCGAGAAAGGUAUGCAUUUUCUUUUCGAGCUCCAAUCAGAUUGCUUUUGGUCUGAAAAUGGGUCAGAGGAUUAAGGCUACAAGGGAGAGUCUGAAUGAACUUGCAAGGGUUAAGAACCAAUUCAACUUAACUGAUCGCUCCGUGGAGUCUAGACCAUUUAAAUAUAGGCCGAGUGGGCAAACUCAUUCCUUUGUUCCAAGAGAGCUAGUUAUUGGGAGGGAAGAUGAUAAAAAUAAAAUAAUGGAUCUUUUAUUGGAGAGCAAUCCCGUUGCCGUUGGAGAUAAUGUUUCAAUCAUUCCAAUUGUUGGAAUUGGGGGCCUAGGGAAGACUACUUUUGCUCAAUAUGUGUACAAUGAUGAGAAAAUUGGAGAACAUUUUGUGCUAAAAAUGAGGGUUUGUGUGUCAAAUGAUUUUAAUGUGAAGAGAAUUGUUGAAAAUGUUUUAGAAUCUGCAACUAAGAAGAAACCUGAGCGCCUUCAGAUGGAUGCACUGCAAAAUCGGCUUCGGGAAGAAAUUGGUGGUAAGAAAUACUUGCUCAUGUUAGACGACGUGUGGAAUGAGAAUUAUGGGUAUUGGCAUGAAUUAAAAAAUUUGCUAAUGGUCGGUGCAAGUGGAAGUAAGAUUAUAGUAACAACUCGAAGUCUUGAGGUUGCAGGAAUUACCGGCAGGCGGGUUCAACCAUAUGUUUUAAAAGGUCUUGAUGAGGAGAGAUCUUGGGAUUUGUUUAAGAAAAUAGCAUUUCAAUCAGGUGGAGAGCCACAAAACCGAGAACAAGUGGAAAUUGGGAAGGAGAUUGUAAGAAAGUGUUCAGGCGUUCCUCUUGCCAUACGGACUUUGGGAAGCCUGUUGUGCUCCCAAGAUACCAAUUACUGGUUAUCCAUUAAAAAUAAAGACUUUUCAAAUAUAGAUCAAGAAGAAAAUGAUAUUAUACCCGUCUUGAGGUUGAGUUAUGAUGACCUCCCAUCAUAUUUAAAGCACUGCUUUGCUUACUGCUCAGUGUAUCCCAAAGAUUUUGAAAUUAAAAAGCAAACCUUGAUCCAACUUUGGAUGGGAAACGGUUUUCUUCAUUCACAGGAUGGAAAACAAUGUGCAGAAGAGAUUGGGGAUCAGUAUUUUACGGAGCUAUUAAGAAGGUCCUUUUUUCAAGAUGUAAAAAGAAAUGAAUGGGAUGAUGAUAUAGUGAGUUGUAAAAUGCACGAUCUGAUGCAGGACCUUGCAAAAUCUGUUGCUGGGAAAGGAAUUUGUUUUGGGACCUUAGAGGCAGCAGAUAUUACAGCAAAGACAUGUCACCUAUCAUUUCAUUUUGAAUCGGAAGGUUCAUCGAUCGAAAUUCAAUCUCCAUUGUUCAAUGCAGGUAAGCGGUUGAGAACGUUUCUUUUGCCAUCCCGUUCAAUUUUUUCAACCACACAAGUGAGCGAAACAUGUCGCCGAAAGCUUAUUUCGAGAUUCAGGUGCCUACGCGUGUUGGAUUUGCAUGAUCAGGAGAUCCAAAUGUUACCAGGUUCAAUUGGGAAGUUGAAGCAACUAAGGUAUCUUGACCUUUCUAGGAAUUACAGUAUGAAACGACUCCCUGAAUCUAUUACUCGCCUAGUGAAUUUACAGACAUUGAAGCUCUCUGGUUGUGUUGGACUCGAAGAAUUGCCGAGGGAUAUUAAGAAUUUAGUCAACCUGCGGCAUCUUUAUUUGGAUGGGUGUCGGAGUUUGAAAGGUAUGCCCCGCGGAGUGGGGCAGUUGUCUUGCCUUCGAACGUUGAGUCAGUUUGUGGUGGGCGUGGGGCAGUUGUCUUGCCUACGAACGUUGAGCCAGUUUGUGGUGGGCGAGAAUGCAACCACAAGCGGUGGACUCAGCGAGUUGGAAGGGUUAAAUAAUCUGGAAGGGAAGUUGACGAUUGUGCUUGGGAGAAAGAAGAAAAAUGCAGCCGCAGCAGCAUCAGCAUCGGGAGCGAUUUUAAAGGAGAAGCAACACCUUCGAGAGCUGUAUUUGAACUGGAAGCGGGAAAGGAAUGCGGAUGAGGAGGGUUAUGAUUAUGAUUAUGAAUCAGUAUUGGAAAGCCUCUGGCCACACCCAAAUCUGGAAAAGUUGGAAAUAUUUGCGUUUGGUGGAAGAAGGUGGGCCAGUUGGAUGAUGCAUGAUAACAUGCGCUCCUUAAAUCUUGUUGACAUUAGAUUGCGGGAAUGUCAUGAGUGCCAACAUCUCCCAUCAUUUGGUCAGCUUCCACAUCUUAAGUUUCUUUCUCUUCGUUCCAUGAGGUCAGUGGAGUACAUGGAGGAGAGUUGGAAAGAAUACAAGUCGUCAACGAACCCCCCGUCUAACAAUGCGGCCUCAAUAUCAGCAGCAGCAGCAGAAGAAAAUGCAAAUUUGGUGACAGGGCUACCAUUCUUCCCUGCCCUUGAACAACUUGAACUCUUCCAUAUGGGAAAUUUGAAGGGAUGGUGGAGGGAGGAAGUGACAGAUAGUGGUACUGCUACUGCUACUGCUACUGGUACUGCUACUGGUGGUGUGAGGCAACAACAGCCGCUACUAGUAGUACCAUUACUAUCAUUUCCCCGUCUUAUUAAAUUGAAGAUAAAUGCAUGUCCUAAGCUGACAUCCAUGCCUCUGUAUCCAUCUGUUGAAGAGCUGGAUUUGGAAGGAGUUGGUGCGAGGGUGUUAACCCAACAGCCAACAAAAAAGGCGACGACGACGACGUCUGCAUUAACACAAGAAAGCCGCCUAAUUGCAACAGUUGCAGCCGCCUCCUCCAGCUCCUCUUCUCUUCCUUCAUCUGCUUCUUUCAUCCCAUCAUUCCCUUUUUCCAAUUUGAGGUCUCUGGAUAUAACAGAAAUUGGGGAUUUGGAAUCUCUACCGGAGGAGUGGCCUCGAAACCUCACUUCUCUACAGGGAUUGAGCAUUAGUGGGUGCCCUAGGCUACUGAGCUUGGGAGACGAAGAAGGGUUCAGAGGCUUAACCUCUCUGCGGCAUCUCCGGAUUUUAGGAUGUGAUGGCCUGAAGGCUUUGCCUCCUCGUGGCAUUCAACAUCUAAUUUCCCUGGAGGCCCUCGAGAUUCAUGGUUGCAAAGAGAUGGAAUUGUCAAAUGAUGAUGACGAAGAUGAUAAGCAAUGGGAGAAUCUCAACAAGAGCCUCAGGAAAGUGAGAAUUAUAGGAAUUCCAAAAAUGAUGCGUCUCCCUAAGUGGCUUAAGCAUUCCACAUCUCUGCAGGCUUUAAGGAUUAAUGACUGCCCUGGUGUGAGGAAUUUACCGGAGUGGAUGGGCAGCCUCACCUCACUUCGAGAGCUUACACUAAUGAAGUGCCCCCGACUAGAAUCACUUCCAGAUGGGAUGCAUUCCCUUGCCUCUUUACAAUAUCUCAAUAUUUGGAGGUGCCCUAUCUUAGAAGAGAAAUGCAAAAAGGACGGUGGGGAGGAUUGGCCUAAGAUUGCUCGCAUCUCGCAUUUUUCAACAGCAUUCCCUCCCCCGUGGGUUUUGCAGCAGGAUGCAUGAGGGUACCCUCCAAUAUUACCAAGAUAGCUACGUGCUUCAAUUUCUAGGGGCGCGGAUUAGUCACGUGGACUGUAAAACGGACACGUGGAUACCCAGUGCAUAAUCCAAAAAAAAAAAAGAUAGGUCCGUGCUGUCUGCUCCUUCUCCUCCUCAUAUUAUUUAUUUAUUUAUUUAUUUCAUUUCUUGUUGAAUCAUCUAAAAAAAAAAUAUCCUUAAUUUAUUUUCCUUCUUCUGGAAAUUCUCAUCAUAAAUUCUAGUAAAUAAUGAUUCAAUUUGUUUCAUCAA